CUACUUCAUGUCAAUCGAGAACGUCGAUCGCAGAUAGAUCGGUUGGCAAUUGCGGAGAAACGAAGAAGAUUCACCUUUUAAAUAUUGAAGAUCAAGAAUUGAAGUGAGUUGUAAUCUAAGAUGGCUGCCAGUAGAGCUUCGGAAAGGAGUGCAAGAGAAUUUUAUGAGAUGAAGCAAAGGGCUGUUAAUUUCUACAAAGAGAAUCAAGUCCCAGAGAAGAUUGAGGAAGUUCUCAAUAAUAUGUUCCAUGAAAACCCUGCUGAUGUUUAUGGCUAUUUGUCUGAGUAUUUUGAAAGCAAGGCGAAACCACCAGUCAUUCACAAAGUAAACGGAAGAGAGGUGUAUGAUAGCAAAGGUCAGCCUACAGUUCAAGCAGAUAUAUCAUGUAUCAUCAAAGGAUUGGAAAAGCAUUUCUCUACUGCUACUGCUAGCAGUUACAAUCACUACCCUGAUAAUGUAGCGCUAGAGAAGAGAGAAGCAGAUGAGAAGGAGAGGCUGCAGAACACACAGGCAGCCGUAUCACUGAUCAAUGGACAACUCACUGAAGCAUUAUGUGGUGUCGAUCCUACUGAUCAGAAAGAGGCUGAUGACAUAGUCAUAACACUGAUUGAUAAGUUGAAAGCUGAGGCUGACCAGAAGGAGGAGGAGGAGCGGCUGAAAAGGAUCGAAGAGGAGCUCAACCAGGAGCCGAAGGAGCCUGCUAAGGAGGAGAAAACUGUUUCACCCAAAGGGAAGAAGAAAGCAGGGAGUGCUAGGUCAGGCAUAGUAGCAAUGGAGGAGCCAAAAGAGCCGUUAUACCCAGCAUGCAGUGCAGCAUGCGCCGUAUCUCAGGCUGUUGCCAAGGCGGGAGCUGCAGUGAAGAAGGUCCAGCUGUAUGAACACAUCUGCAAUAUUGCUGGAAAUGUGGAUAUGGACGUAUUGACUAUGCCUAUGCCCAUGGUGAGCGUGUUGAGCUCUGGUAAACCAGCCCCAGGCAAGCAGAACCUCAUCAAAGAACUUUUCAUUCUGCCUAAACCUGGACUGUCAUUGGAAGAGGGAAUGAAACAAGUGACAGCUGUUUAUCACCAAAUAGGAAAGCUCCUCUUUGUCAAGUUAGGGGUCCCAGCCUACUACGUCAAUGAUAACGGAACCUUCACUCCGCAGUAUGAUCGUCAAGAACAGUUCCUAGACCUGGUCCAGGAAGCGGUUACAGCCCUGGAACUAACACCAGGAGAAGACAUCUUUAUUGCUUUAAACUGUGCUGCCCAUGAGAUAUAUGAACCAGAAAAGAAUAAGUAUGAAGUAAUGACAGGAAUGCAGAAGACAUCAGAGGAUAUGAUAGAGUUUUAUGCCGACAUCAUCAACCGAUACCCUGCUAUUGUGGCAUUGAUUGAUCCACUCAGAAAACAGGAUUCUGAGACAUGGACCAAACUUUGCGAGCGUGUUUCGGAGAGGUGUUACAUCAUAGGAGAGCACGUCUACCCACGUGUAGAGAAGUUUGUUCAAGAAGGGUUUGGCGAGCUGGCAGCAAGUGGUGCCUCACUGCGUAUGCGUCAGAUGACAACAGUUACCAACAUCAUAGAGGCAGCUACAAUUAUAAAAGAGGAAGCCUCAAUCACAGCCAUCUCUUGUGUACCUGGUGAUACAUCUGAUACAUUCCUAGCUGAUCUAGCUGUUGGUAUCGGAGCUACAUUUGUCAAGUUUGGUGCUCCAGCAAGAGGCGAGAGGAUCUCCAAGUACAACCGUCUCCUGCAGAUCUCAGAGACCUUGAAGGAGCAAGGUCAGCUUAGAGUCCAUGAGGAGUUUAGCUUCCCCAUCAAGAGACCACCUACUCCAUCCCCAUCAGAGGGACAAGGAAGUGAACAGGAUGGUGGCAAAUAAUAGAUGGCAAUUGAGAGGAAUGGUCAUACCAACAUGGUUAUAAGCUGUGUUCCAGAAUGUUUAUUGACCAUGCCACUUCACAUAUUUUGCUAACUUGAAAUAUUUGAUAAAUUGAAAAUGAAGUUGGUACAUUCUAUAUCUGUGACAAUAUUUGGUUCAUGGACCAAUAGAUGAAAUGCGAUUGUAAAUCAGAAAUUUGAAAGCUCAAACCGCUAGGAUCAAAAAGUUUUCUUUUACAUGCAUAUAGGUCCCUUAUUGUGUACUUAGAUUCAAAACAGAUAUUGAAGUGCAUGCGUUACAGAACCACACAUCCAUUUUUGUCUCACCUGCAUAGCAGAGUGAGACUAUAGGCGCCGCUUUUCCGACGGCGACGGCGGCGGCGGCGGCGGCGACGGCGGCGUCAACACCAAAUCUUAACCUGAGGUUAAGUUUUUGAAAUGACAGCAUAACUUAGAAAGUAUAUGGACCUAGUUCAUGAAACUUGGCCAUAAGGUUAAUCAAGUAUUACUGAACAUCCUGCCUGAGUUUCAUGUCACAUGACCAAGGUCAAAGGUCAUUUAGGGUCAAUGAACUUAGACCAUGUUGGGGGAAUCAACAUCAAAAUCUUAACCUAAGGUUAAGUUUUUGAAAUGUCAUCAUAACUUAGAAAAUAUAUGGACCUAGUUCAUGAAACUUAUACAUAAGGUUAAUCAAGUAUCACUGAACAUCCUGCAUGAGUUUCACGUCACAUGACCAAGGUCAAAGGUCAUUUAGGGUCAAUGAACUUUGGCCGAAUUGGGGGUAUCUGUUGAAUUACCAUCAUAACUUUGAAAGUUUAUGGAUCUGAUUCAUGAAACUUAGACAUAAUAGUAAUCAAGUAUUACUGAACAUCCUGUGCAAGUUUCAGGUCACAUGAUCAAGGUCAAAGGUCAUUUAGGGUCAAUGAACUUUGGCCAAAUUGGGGUAUUUGUUGAAUUACAGCCAUAAAUUUGAAAGUGUGUUGGUCUAGUUCAUAAAACUUGGACAUAAUAGUAAUCAAGUAUCACUGAACAUCCUGUGCGAGUUUCAGGUCACAUGAUCAAGGUCAAAGGUCAUGUAAGGUCAAAGAACAUUGGCCACGUUGGGGGUAUUUGUUGAAUUGCCAUCAUAUCUCUAUAAGUGUAUUGGUCUAGUUCAUAAAACGUGGAAAUAAGAGUAACCAAGUAUCACUGAACAUCUUGUGCGAGUUAUAGUAGUUUUCAAAAUCAGCACUGCUGCUAUAUUGAAUCGCGUGAUGCAGGUGAGACGGCCAGAGGCAUUCCACUUGUUUUGUAUAUAGACUGGUUUAUUGUGAUCCACGAAUGGAACGGGUGUAUAGCUUACCAAUAAAUUAACUACUGGGGUAAACUUGGAGUAAGGCUUACAUACUGUUCAUCACCUAUGUACCCCCACCAGUUUCUCAAAUGUUCAACCACCAAAAUAUCUGUUUAACAUUAUGAAAUAUGCAAAUAUUUGUAUGUUGCAAGAAAUGUAAUGAUUUUGAAGACCAUGGCCAUUAUUCUGAAAAUCAUUGUAUCUUUUAUCUAAUCUAUUCUGUCAAUAACAAAUUUUGAAAGCUUAUUUGGUUGGAAGUGUGCGAAUUCAUGCCCUUGGUCCAAGGCACAAGUCAAAAUGAACAAUCGAAAACAAAUGGUUUAUUUCAUUUUGACCACUGUAGCAAUUCAUAAAUAAGAUAUCAUUUUCAGAAUAUUGGCCAUGUUUGUGAUUUUGUUCUUUAUCUCAUCCUAAAUGAAAUAGGGAAAUAGUAAUAUAUUUGCGUGUACCUCGAAAAGCUUUUAUAUUGAUUUGAUUGGAUUUGGAGUUCAGUUUUAAGUAGCAAGUUGGAAGUAUUUGCAAGAAUGAAUUAAUCAUUAAAUGAAUUCAAUGAUUUGCAUCAAAAAUGCAUUUUUCUCAUGAAAUGUAUCUAUUACUAAAAUAGUUUGCUCUUGAAUUCCUGAAAAUUUUAUCUAAAUUCCGUCCAAGUGGUGAACUUUUAUCACACAUUUUAACCAUGUAAUAUAUUGUACAUAUGAUUAUAUAUGGCUACAACCAUUUGUAAAUUUUGAAAUACAUGUGACAUGUAUAUAUAUAUAUAUUUCAUUAAAUUAUGUUUGAAGAAUGAAAUAUA